AUAUAAAGGCACAACUGAAGAUUCUCAGUUACUGUGUACUGUGAUUACUGUGUAAUCUCUACGGCUUAAUGGUGAGGAGUUUCUCCUUUAUUUUUGUGCUUCUUCAGUUUAAAGGUUAUCUUCCAUAAUGAACUGCUUCCAGUACCGAUGUCUGCUUCCGUUUUUCCUGAGUGUGCUUGCUUUUGCCGCAUUGGGCAUUUACAGUAUACAAAAUGGAAUGGUGAAUGUUUCGGAUAUCUCAAAAACACUGUUGCCCAUCAGCAAAACUAGUUUUCAGAAAAGAGUUUUCUCUAACUCAAGCAUUGGUCCAUUUCCCAUAACAAAUCAGUCCUGUUCCUGUAAAGGAUAUGCUUCAGCUUCUCCAAAUGUGCCCAAGAAUGAACUGGAAGACCUUCAGAGACGUCGAUUUGAGGAGUACAGACAAUAUCGAGUCAGGAGGCAGGCAGAUAUGGAGCCAUUUGUUCUUGCCGCGUCUAACUCUCCUCUCCAAUAUCCCAUCCAUGGUUUCAUAUUGGCCCCUCUUCAAAAAAGUAUAAUACCAGGUUUGGCUUUGCAUGCACAAGAAAGAGAACGCUAUGAGGUAUCUUUAAGUGUGAUAAAUGGGGUGCUCUCAGUGGAGGAUGUCAUGAAGGGAGCACAUGUGGAUGGAGAGGGUCAGAGUGUUUUGACUAUUUCAUCCACAAGCCUCAAACAAAUGAAUAAUCUGCUGAGCAGAGUGACUUACACCAGCACCGUCUACCGUGUCAAGGCUAAAGAUAUGGUUCAUUUUUCAUUUGAAGACCACGAGGCCAUAUUUCCCAUAAAAAUUACAAGACCUUCAGUGCCAUUUCUGUUCGACCCAGGGAACGAUAUUAAUUCACAGGUAACUAUAACAACCAAAACCUUUCUGAGGUAUCGGGAGUUACAUGUCCUUAUUGACAGUAUCAGAAAGUUUUAUCCAAAAAUCAAGAUCAUUAUUGCAGACGACAGCCUGACUCCAGAAAAGGUCUCCGGUGAAAAUAUAGAGCACUAUAUAAUGCCACCUGGACAGGGCUGGUUUGCUGGAAGGAAUCUGGCUUUAUCACAGGUCGACACUAAAUACUUUCUGUGGGUAGAUGACGAUUAUGUAUUCAGGAACAACACUAAAAUUGAAAAAUUUGUGGAAAUCAUGGAGAAAAUUCCAGAACUGGAUGUGGUUGGUGGUUCAGUGGAAAGUAAUCAGUUUUAUUUCCACCUUACGUAUGAGGAAGGUCAAGCAGAGGAGGGUGGCUGUCUCAGACGUACGCAUAAGCUGAUACACCAAUCAGUUCCAGGGUUUGACGGCUGCUACUUUGUAGAUGGGGUGGUCAACUACUUCCUGGCACGGACAGAAGCGGUACGACGGGUCGGCUUUGAUCCGUUUUUGAAACGAGUUGCUCACACUGAGUUCUUUAUUGAUGGCCUCGGACAAUUAUUAAUAGCUUCCUGCAAAGGACUGUCAGUCGGACAUCAGCCCAAAAAAAGACAAGCCAAAUACCGACAAUUUAGGUUUCCUGGAAAACUUGAUGAAAGAAACAAAAUGGCUCAUCAUUACUUUAAGAACCAUUUGAAAUGCAUUAAGUACUGAGAAACGUUAAAGGUGCUUCAAGAUGCCAUUGUUUUAUCUAAAUGGUUCUAUAAAGAACCUUUAACAUCCGAAAAACCUUUCUGACAUCUCCCUUGCCAUACUUCAUAUAUAUUUCAGAUAGUGAUAUACUUCCUGGCUCUUGCGUCACCCUGUCUUUGUCGUUAAGCCUCACCAUUGGUUGAAUUUGAUAUACACAUUCAGACGCACUUACCCCUGGAGGCGUCCCCAAAGUGUCACCGCAGUGACGCAGCGCAAGUUCCCUCAAAAGGGAACUGUAACAAUGUAUCUUAAAAGGUAACACAAUGUAACCUUGCUCUCACUUGAAAUGUGUCCCCACAUUUAGUCCUUGAAUUUGAGGGUAUUGGACCUGGAAAGUCCUUGAAAGGUCCUUGAAUUUGAAGUUAACUAAGGUGUGAGAACCCUGAAGUCAGUGAUGGCCGAAUUUUCCUUUUUGGGUGAACUAUCUCUUUAAAAGAUUUGUUCACAAACUUAAACAUCACCAACUCAUUUUUUCAAGAUCGGACCACUGGUUUAUACAAACUGGUAUGCAUAGUAAGAAAGCUUUAGGCUAAAUAUAAGAUGUAUCUAAAAAAAUCAGUUGGACGACAUGCUAAACUGAGAGAAGAAGAAUACGGGCAACACCAAUUCGGGGUCAGAAUUAUUAGGCUUGUUAUCAAAAAAUCUUUUGUUAAUUAUUUCUAUUAUGUCUUAGCAUAUUGUCUUGCUGUUCAAAAGAGGGUGUUGUUCCAGGUUGGAUUACAAAAAGAAAGGCCUUUGUGUCCCUGUACUUUAAAAUUUGUGUUAACUUCAAACUCUCUUUCAACUUGUAAGGAGCCACCCAUUGACCCAACCCUGGAAUCCAGUAGCGUGGGUGAAGGUAUCUCACAUGCAUGUUCUUAUCUUGGACCUUCGGACAGAAUUGGCUUCUAAUUUUAAUCCAACUCCAUUUCAUUUAAUAAAGAUUUUAAUCCAAUGAUAACCAUAAUUUUUCUAAAAACAGUUACUUUAGUCAUGCUUAUAAAACAUGUCAGGUAAUAAGACAAAAAUCUAGUGGUGCCAAUGCAAUACAGAAUUCCAACCAGCUGGGGGCAGCAAAGGAAUUCUCUAUUUACUGAAGCUGAUGUAUUCUCCAUAUAUUCCUUUUUAAUAUAAUAAUUUAUUUUAUAAUGAAAUUAUAAUAUACAUUAUGGGGUAGUUUCCCGGACAGGGAUAAGGUCAAGCCAGGCCUUAGUUUAAUUUGAAAAACAUAACUACUUUUAACAAACAUGCCUUACUAAAAACAUUACUUGUGUGCAUUUUGAGGCAAAAGAAAGGGCACUGAUGUAUUUUAAGAUAUGUCAGUGUUGUUUUCUGUUUGGACAGCUCUUACAUUUAUUUUAGUCUAAAACUAGUCUAAUCCCUGUCCGGGAAUUCGUCCACAUGGGUUAGGAAUAGUC